AUAAAGUAAACAGCGAAGCGUUUGGCGGGGCUUAUUUUUGUUCCACGCGCGUGGUAGCACUGAUUUCACGUACUGUGUUGUGGAUUGGCUGGUCGACGGCGAGGGGCCAAUUCGUGGUUGCUCGUUAUUGUCUGACGUUUGCGCGGUGUCGCAUAAUCUCAUUGGUGACGAGUAUUUCGGCCAAUCGUUGGAAUAAUCUCCGGACCAAUAUCCCGCUGUCCAAUUGGAACCCAUCGACCAUGGACCAACAGAUCGGAUCAGACGGGAGCAGUGGACACAUGACCGUCGUCCAAGCGAUCCCGACCACCAACAAUCAGGUGCAGGUCGUUCAGGCCGGCCAGGUGAUACAAAGCGCUAACGGUCAGCAGAUCGUCGUGCACGCUGUGCCUCAGAAUGCUGGGCAGUCGGUGCACUUGGGUUCGCCGGGCAACCAGCAAUUGCAGCUACUCCAACUGCCAGUACAACAGGCGCAAGCACAGUUGAUUCAGACUCCUGACGGACAAACAUUUAUUUAUCAGCCUGUACAAGUCGAUAAUGGGCAAUCGAUUGCUCAACAACAAACUCAACCAACGUUAAUCAGUAUAAAUGGAAAUAUCAUGCAAUUAUCUUCUCCGCCGUCUGGUGGCUCACCAACUGUCACUCAAGCAGCUACUACUGUUGCACAAGCAGUUCCCCAAAACCAACAGAACAUUGUUAUGAUGGUACCAAAUGGAACAGCUUCCACUAAUAAUCAAUUUCAACGGGUACCCACGACAGCAGAGUUUCUUGAAGAAGAACCUUUGUAUGUAAAUGCUAAACAGUAUAAAAGAAUACUGAAAAGAAGGCAAGCAAGAGCAAAAUUAGAGGCAGAAGGAAAAAUCCCAAAAACUCGUCAAAAAUAUCUGUACGAAUCACGACACAAACAUGCCAUGAAUCGUAUACGAGGAGAAGGUGGCCGUUUCCACUCAGGAUCACUCAAAAGAAUGAGUAUGUCAAGUAGUAAAAAUAUGCAAAAUGAUGACUGUAACAUUCGAAUGGACAAUCAUAGUUAUCAUGUGACUAUUAAACGCCAAAUUGAUGAUGAACAAAAUUUGCAAUCGCAUAAUGGAUUAGUUUAUAGCAUUAGUGGCUAAUAAAAAAAGCCUAUUUUCUCAUUUGAACCAAAAGUAAUGUGUUAACUGUUAAAUUUUAAAAUUUGGUUUUUAAUUAACUUAAUUACUUGUAAAUUGUUUAGACUUUAAUUUUAUUGUUUACUUUUCUUUUUAAUAUACUUUGUUGAAUACUUUAGUCACCUUAGUUAAGUAUAUAAGAUUAUUCUUCUUAUUUUUUUUUUUUUUUUUU